AUGUCAUUCUAUUCAGCAUCAAACAGCCUGGGCUCGACCUUUGGGAGUGGCGCACAUACGAGUGCUGCGCCCACUCAGACUCAGGGUACAGAGCAGGAUCUCGCAAACGACAUCACGGUGCCUAAUCCACCCGAAGACUCAGUCUCGGACUUCUCGUUCUCACCAGUGGCAGACUUUUUGACGGUUGCAUCCUGGGACAAGAAGGUGCGGAUUUAUGAGGUCACUGCCACCGGAGCGGUUGAAGGACGUGCGAUGUACGAGCACGAAGGGCCUGUUCUCUCGACGCGGUGGUCGCUAGAUGGAACCAAGGUGGUCAGCGGAGGUGCAGACAAGGCAGUGAGACUAUACGAUGUCCAGAGUGGACAACAACAACAGAUUGGAGCACACGACGGGGUUGUGCGGUCUGUGCGGUUCGUUGAAGUCGGACCUCAGAACACGCCUGUGGUGGUCUCUGGGUCUUGGGAUAAGACUUUGAGGUACUGGGACAUGAGGACUCCUAACCCAGUGUGUACCAUCAACUUGCCGGAACGCGUGUACGCUAUGGACUCUUCCAUGAAGCUUUUGGUAGCUGGAUGUGCUGAUAGACAUCUCUCGAUCAUUGAUCUUAACCAGCCGGACAAGGUGUUCAAACAAAUCAUGUCACCAUUGAAAUACCAGACCAGAACAGUGACCUGCUUCCUAAAGGGAGACGGAUAUGCGUUGGGUUCGAUAGAAGGCCGGUGUGCAAUUCAGUACGUCGACGAGCAGGAGCACAAGAAGAACGGAUUCUCAUUCAAAUGCCAGCGCCAUCCUAACACAACUAAUAGCACGCAGACUAUGGCAUAUUCGGUUAAUGCUAUCAACUUCCAUCCGGUUUACGGUACAUUCUCGACGGCUGGGUCCGAUGGGUCGUUUUGCUUCUGGGACAAGGAUGCGCGCCAGAGGCUUAAGAGCUACCCAAGUCUGCGGUCAUCUAUCCCAGUAACGGCCUUCAACCGUUCUGGAACAAUUUUUGCGUAUGCGUUGUCGUAUGAUUGGAGUAAGGGCCACGAGUUCAAUCGUCCAGAUUAUCCAAACGUGAUCCGGUUGCAUGCAGUCAAGGAGGAGGAGAUUAAGCAGAGACAGAAGCGGAAGUAG